AUGUCCGUCGCGCUCAACCCGAGCAGCUCUUUAGGCUUCAAUAGACCCCUCACUCAGCACGUCAAACGGUCCCUCACUGUCUCCAACCACAAUGCGCAACCGGUCGCAUUUAAGGUCAAGACAACUGCGCCUAAGCUAUAUUGUGUCCGACCCAACUCGGGGAGAGUAGAACCUGGCGAGACUGUUGAGGUGCAGGUCAUGUUACAGGCGAUGAAAGAGGAGCCCCCGCUCAAUAUCAAAUGCAAAGACAAGUUUUUGAUUCAGAGCACCGCCAUCACUUCUGAAAAGGAGACAAUGUCCCUUCAAGAUCUUUGGAAUGACAACACGGAUGAGGUUCACUCGCAGAAGAUUCGAGUUGUUUAUCUCCCACCAGAAGGGCAGACAGUUCCUGAAGAGGAAGAAGGCAUGAGUGUAUUCGAACAGCAAAGUCAUAUUUAUGGGACUGUCCGCGGACAUCCUUCAACGGGGAACGGUCAUGCCGAAUCUGUGCGACGACCUAGUGGCGACAGUGGGAUCCAUCAUCAGGAGGAAGAAACACACCACGAUGCUCCAUCUACUCCUCCGGCCGUCACACAGCGAGAAGCAUCCCUCCGUCUUGAAGAGCGACAGCCAUCGCAGGAGGUCCCCGAGGAAGAUGUUGGGAUUGUCAAUGUCAACGUGCACCCCCCUCCUCAACCAGCAUCACCUGCACGUCUAAUACCCGUCCCCGAACCUAAUCCGGAGCUUUUGGCGAAGCUCCAGGAUGCGCAGGCAGAGAUAGAAAGGCUGAGGAAUCUCAUUUCAUCCAUGCCUGCACCGAGUGUGGCGCCUACCACGCUCACCGCGACAUCGGAGCUGAGACGACGUCGGCCUUUUUCUCCCUCGGACGACGGGAGCACGUGGGACGGAGAGACCGAUGUCGGGACAUACGUCGAGGACCCGAUCGCACAGCCGGAGGGUGUGCCAUUGCAAGUGGUCAUCAUCAUCGCGCUCGGGGUAUUUGUUACUACUUACUUAUUCUUCUAA